ACGACCUACCCAGCAUGACUUCCACCAACAACAACGACGACGUCGUCGUAUCUCCAUUCGAGACGGAAAAGGAUUUCAGACAAGCACUAGACUGCCUGGCUGAAGCGUUUGGCCACCAAGUAAAAGAUGCGGUUUGGAGGCUGAUGAACCCGGGAUGGGACACGGAAGAAGGCAAGGCAAAACUUGCCCUGGAUAUGAUGGAGAGUUGGAAAUCCACGACGACGAACAAAGACGGGCAGCUCAAUGCCCUCUAUCUCAAAGCCACGCUACCUGAUCCGGAGCAACCCAGCGAAAGACGUGUCGUCGGCAUAGCCGUUUGGAAGCAACUUUCAUUUGUCGAAGGCUACGGCGACGCUUUCACCGGCGAUAUGUCGGCCACCACCAGUCAACUGGACGAAAAGAACCAGCGCUUCGCAACACAAAUGUUCAAUUCGCUGUGGAAACGGCGCAUCGAAUACAUGCACGAAGUCAAGGCAUCAGGCCGCACUCCGCCCGCCAUCUUCGUCCUCGACGUGUGCGCCGUCGAUCCCGCCUUCCAGCGUCGCGGCAUCGCAGCCAAGCUCGUUGAAGCCGGGCUCGCCGACGCAAAGAACAGAGGCGAUCUCGAAUGCACGACUGAGGGAAGUUCCAUGGGACGAGCAGUGUAUCAGAGACUGGGGUUCAAGGACGAAGGCACGGGCGACAUUGUAUUCGAGGUGGAUGAUGAGUUCAAGACGUGGGAUAAGCCGCCAAAUGUAACAUCGCAAAAAAACAUGCCCAUCGUCGACAUCCACACCCAUGUGUACCCUCCCAAGUACAUGGAACUGCUGCGAUCCCGCUCCACAGUGCCAUACGUGCGUACAUUCCCAGACGCCCCGGACUCGGCGCGCUUGAUCAUCCUGCCGGGCGAAGACGAUGCCUCUAUGCCGUCGACGUCGCGGGGCCGCCCCAUCGGGCAAGAGUACUACGAGAUCAAGGAGAAGAUUGCCUUUAUGGACCUGCACAAGAUCGACAAAUCGGUGAUUUCACUAGCGAAUCCCUGGCUGGACUUUCUGCCUGCCGACGAGGCGGGCGACGCCGCGAGAAACAUCAAUGAUGAUGUCAACGACCAGUGCUCGCAGUACCCAGGCCGCCUCUACUUCUUCGGCACGCUCCCGCUGUCCGCCUCACCUGACGUGAUAACGGCCGAGAUCGAGCGUCUGAGCACGCUCAAGUACGCGCGCGGCGUCAUCAUGGGCACCUCGGGACUCGGCCAGGGCCUCGACGACGCAGCGCUGGAUCCCGUGUACGCCGCGCUGGAAAAGCACAACCAGCUUAUCUUCCUGCAUCCGCACUACGGACUGCCUACAUCCGUGUAUGGGCCCCGCGCCAGCGAAUACGGCCACGUGCUCCCGCUUGCGCUGGGGUUCCCCCUCGAAACUACCAUUGCUGUCACCAGGAUGCUGCUGAGCGGCGUGUGGGACCGCUUUACCAAGCUCAGCGUGCUGCUGGCGCAUUCUGGAGGCACCCUCCCGUUUCUGGCCGGCAGAAUCGAAUCGUGUAUCUUGCAUGAUGGGCACUUGAAGAAACAUGGCAAGACGCAGAAUCGGCGCGAGGUCUGGGAUAUCCUCAAGACGAAUAUUUAUCUCGAUGCGGUUAUUUACUCCGAGGUGGGGUUGAAGGCGGCGCUCGAUGCGUCUGGGUCUGAUCGGUUGUUGUUUGGUACUGAUCACCCGUUCUUCCCGCCGCUGGAAGAAGAUGCAAAGGAGUGGCAUAGCGUUAACGCGAACUAUGGCGCCAUCUCCAAAGCGUUUGCGACAGACGACAAGAAGGCCCAGGAUGUGCUUGGUGGGAAUGCAGUACGGAUACUGCGGUUGGACUGA